UUGCCGCAAGCAGUCACGCAGUUUGAAGAGCUGGUUGGUAUGGCGGAGUCCCUGCUGAAGGGUGGAGGGACCGUGCCUCCCGCUGCGUCCACCCUCUGGAGAGCCACCAACAACUCCUCACCAGACUCGUUUGCCUCAAUGUGCAGUAAUUCUACUUCGAAUUCCAGUUCUCCGGUUUCCCUGAAGGUUGAAGAAGAGCAUCCCCCGGAAGAGAAGCAGUUCAAGAUUGAAAAAUGGCAGAUUGCCCGUUGCAAUAAGAACAAACCUCAGAAGUUUAUUAAUGAUUUAAUGCAAGUGCUUUAUACAAAUGAGUACAUGGCCACACACAGCCUGACCGGGGCGAAAUCCUCCACUUCAAGGGACAAGGCCGUAAAGCCAGCUAUGAAUCAAAAUGAAGUUCAAGAGAUCAUAGGAGUAACAAAGCAGCUGUUUCCCAAUACAGAUGACGUGUCAAUUAGGAGAAUGAUAGGGCAAAAACUAAACAACUGUACCAAGAAGCCAAAUGUAAGCAAAAAUCUUAACUCUCAGGAUAUUAAGUAGAUCCUUUUGGUAAGUCUUUUAAAUCUUCGCAAUCCUUUCAAU